AUGAACCCGGCAGGGUCCAUAGGGCCCCAGAAUGAGGAUGAACAAUUAACCCCCCUCGGGCCUUCCAUACACUCUGAUAACCCAGAGGAGCGGAUCCAGGCCCGGCGCCUCCGCAUCGCUGCGCGCCUGGAAGCCCGGAGGCGGGAGGCACUCGGAGAAUACUUGGACGGGCAGAAGGAGAGCGAGGAAGAUCAAAGCAAGAGCUACAAACAGAGAGAAGAAAGCAGACUGAAAUUGUCUAAACUGCUACUAUGUGGCACUGAGUUGGUGACAAAUAUCCAGGUGGCUACAGAUAUCAGAGAGCUUCACAGGAGAGUGGAAGAGGAGGAGAUAAAGCGCCAGCGAAUCGAGAAGCUGGAGAACGAAGUUAAGACCAGCCAGGACAAAUUUGAUGAGAUCACUGCCAAGUGGGAGGAGGGCCGACAGAAGCGAAUUCCGCAGGAGCUCUGGGAAAUGCUCAACCAGCAGCAGGCGCACUGCGCGGGGCUGAUCGAGGACAAGAACAAGCUCAUCAGCGAGUUACAGCAGGAGUUAAAAGUAAAAGAUGACCAGUUUGUGAAGGACUUGAAGAAACAGUCAGAGGACAUCAGCCUGCUUCUGGAGAGGAUGGAGGAACAAGUGAAGAACAUGAUGAAGAACUUCCGUCAGGAGCUCCAUCACAUUGAGAAAGCCUUCGAGGUGGAGCGACAAGAGCUGCUGAGCAGUAACAAGAAGAAAUGGGAACGGGCACUGCAGACUCACAAUGCCAAGGAGCUGGAGUACCUUCUGAACCGCAUGGUGAAAGUGGAGGACUACGAGAAGCAGCUGAACAAGCAGCGGGUGUGGGACUGCGAGGAGUACAACAUGAUCAAGAUCAAGCUGGAGCAAGACGUACAGAUUCUUGAGCAACAACUUCAGCAGAUGAAAGCAACUUAUCAGCUAAACCAAGAGAAGUUAGAAUACAACUUCCAGGUGCUGAAGAAGAGGGACGAAGAGAGCACACUGAUUAAAACCCAGCAGAAGAGGAAAAUCAACCGGCUGCAUGAUAUACUUAACAACCUGAGAUUAAAAUAUGCCAAGCAGAUAAAGCAGUAUCAGGAGGAGAACCAGUCUCUGACCUCUGACUAUCAACGUCUUGUGGUACAGUUCAAGGAACUACAAAAAGCCAUGAGGCAUUUUGCUCUUAUCAAUGAGGAGAAGUUUCGGGAGAUUUGGCUGAUGAAUGAAGAGGAGGCAAAGGCUCUAAUAGUCAAAGCCUUUGACAUCGACAGGAUCAUCACAACCCAGCACCUGGGGCUCCCCUGGACAGCACCUGAUUUCUGGUUCCUGAAGAACGUGGGGCCUAUUUCCCAGCAGCAGAAGCAGAAGACUGCUGCACAGAUAGUUGAGGAAGUGCUGAUGCAAACAGAAGAAGAGGGGGCAGAAGAGGUGGCUGCAGAAGCAGAGUCUUACCUGGACCUGCCCAAGCAAGUUUCAGCAAAAACCACCAAGAAGAUCCUGACGCUCCUGUGUGAUGAGUCGGGUUUCCUCAUAGAAAGCAAACUGCUGAGCCUACUCCUUCCCCUGGAGAAGAGUGAAUGUUACCUACUGAGGUUGGACGCCAUCUUCUCCGCCCUUGGAAUCGAAAGUGAGGAUGACUUGUAUAAACUGGUGAACUUCUUCCUUAAAUACCAAGCCCAUCAUCUAUCCUCCAGCCAGAUCAGCUUCGGAACUCAAGCAAACACAGAGCGAACAAGCUUGAUGUCAGCACUGGACAGAUGGAGUUUGAUGUCAGCAUUUGGGAGGCAGAGCACGGUGUCCAAAUCAGAGCACAACCCUGCAGAGCUGCAGGAGGCUCUGGAGGAAGGAGAGGAGGGGAGCCUUGUGGGCAGGGAGCUGAAAGAGGAGGUCCCGCCUUCACCCAGGCUCAUCCACCCCAACCAGGUCCUCAAGGUUCUGGAGGCCUUCGUCAUGGGGCUGAAGAAUCCCAGGGACUUUCCCACACCACCAAGAAAGCGGAAAAAUGUGCGAGAUGACUCAAAAGACUCCCAGUAUUGGGAGGCCCUGACCAGCGUUAUCCCUGCUGCCCAGCAGAACCUCUGGGAUGCGCUCUACACAGCCUUGGAGAAAUACCACCUUGUGCUGACACAGAGGGCCACGCUGCUGGUGGAAACCGAUUCUCUGGAGCAGCAGAACGUGGACCUGCAGGCUCUGCUGCAGCAGUACCUCCAAUCCAAGAUAAACUCGGAACUCCAGGUUCCUCCAACUCAGGUGUUCCGGGUGCCCACAAAAUAG